AGAAGGAGAGCGAAUUUGGAGUUAUGGAGGUUACUAAAGAAGACGAUGGAGAUCGAAACCAAAGUCAAAAUCAGGUGAAGGGAACAACCAAGGGGAAGUCAUGCAAGGGAUGCCUCUACUAUUCUUCUAUUCUCAAAUCCAAAGCUCGGAAUCCUCUCUGUGUCGGCGUUAGCAGAACCCUUCCACAAGUGCCUAACUACAUCAUGGGAGAAUCUAAGACGGAAACUUCCAAAGAGGGUCUCAGUCCUACAGAUUUCAAAUAUGCUUGCGUUGGUUAUUCUGUAUACCUGGACGGCAAAGAUACUCCAACAGAUCCACAAAAUAAACAGGCUGAAUUGCCAUUCUGUGUUGGUAUUGAGCUUUUGGUGGACAAAAGAACUUCAACCACGAACCAUGCGCCUGCUCAUGUUCGCAAUAGAGAAGAUGGUCAUGUUUUCCCACAACAACGAUCCUAUAAACCAACACAUUCCAUUGGGGAGGAGUUUUUGAGCAGGUUUACAAGGAAUGCGAGCCUGGUGGCUUCGGGUGUGGCCAAGAACCUCUAUAGAGCGGGCAAUUAUGUAAAGGAGAAUCUUGAUGACAUGCUAUACCCUUACAAAAGGAGACCCAAAUAAGAUUGCUGAUCUUGCCUUAAAGAGAUUGGGGGAUCAGCUUUAUUGGAUCAUCUGGGUGAGCGCAAUUGUCAAUUUGUCAUUGCU